AUAAUACUAUAAUAGGUGAUAAUGUAUAUAUUUUUUAAUAUAUUUAUUUUUUAUCGUAGUUUUAUCUCCCUUGUAUGACAUAUGCAUUCAUAAAAGCAUAUCUGUGUAAAUGACAGUCAUUACAAUUUUAUCGCGUAGUUUCCUUUAAAAUAAAUUGUGUAUAUAUACUUUGUAUCAAUGAAACUAAUAAUAUAUUGUACAUAAUGAUAUAUGUGUUAGAAUAAUCUAACAAAUAUGUUUAAACGAACUGAUAAAGAUGAUAACAGUUAUUCUAUGGUACCAUCGAAACGUUUCAAAUCUGAUGGAUCUAAAAAAUCAUCACUCCUUUUUGGAACAAAAUCAAAAAAUGAUUCUUCGAAUAAACAAAAUGUACGUGUUGAAGAUGUAUGGGGAGAUGAUUUUGCUGAAGAGGAAAUCGAGGAAAUGGAUUUUGUAGCAUCUCAGGCAUGUUUGAAUGAUGAUAAAGUUUUCAUUGACCCUAAAGAAAAACAGAUUUCAUUUAUUGCAAGAGAGAACAUGCCAUCGACAAGUAAACAAAUUUUCUGUCCAACUAAAACACAGAAUCCUACUUUACAUGAUUUGACAUUUACACAAAACAACAAUUAUUCUAAUUUCGAAAAGAGAUUACUUUACAAACAAAAUUAUAACUCGACAUUUCAAGUAAAUAAAAAUAUUAGUCCACAAUCCAAUGAUAGUAAAGAUAAAAAUUUAGAAAAAGAAUUGAAUAAAUUAAAGACGGAAAGAGAUAAGUUAUUAAACGACUUCAUAAUGAAAGAUGGAGAAACAGUUUUCUUACGAAAUCAAUUACAAAUGACGCAAAUGCGUAUAGAAAAUGAUAAAAUAGAAAAAAUGCAUUUGAUCGAAGAACAAUCCAAGAAACAUAAAACAGAAAUUGAUCAAAUAAUUAAGGAAAAAGAAGAUUUAAAAACUCAGCUUGAAUUAAAAGCUUUUGAGAUAGAAAAACUUUUAGAGCGAUGUAAGUUGUUGGAAUCUAGAAAUAUUAAAUUCAUAGAACCACAUACAACUAGCAUGAUGUCGCCAGAUGUUGAUCAUAAAAUUGAUACCAUGAGUCGUUCAAUCUUUUCUACUAAGUACACAGACAAAAAAGAUGUUAAUGUUCAAACUAAUAUCUGUGAUAGAAAGAGUAAUAAUUUAAAGACAUCGGUAGUUCAUUAUCCUCUAUUAAAAAUACCAGCUGAAAUUUUCAAGCCUUCGUUACCAGAAAAAUCUGUAGUUGAAAUUAAAGUUACAGAAAAAACUGGAAAACAAAAUUUACCCAUUUUACAAGAUGAGCGAACGUUUCGAAUUUUUGAAAAUCCCGAUCUGGUAAAGCCUAUAAUCACUAUGAUAAAUGGUAAAAAAUUAUCUUUAGAAUUUGUCUUGCCUGACAUUGCUUUAAUCAAAAAUAAGGUAAGCACAGAAUUAAAUUCUGAUACCUGUAUACCUAUUAUCAAUAAGCUAGUAUCAACUUCAAGGGAAUUGAUCAUAAAUAUGAUAGUUGUUCUGCAAACUAUUUUGGAAGCUAUGAAAAAUGAUGACAUUAGAGAUAUGAAUGAUGUAUAUUUUUCUGAUCUUUACAAAAUGCCAAUUUAUUAUACCAAAUCUGUGUGCGAUGCAAAUACAUGGCACGAAAAUGAACGUGGAAUAGAAGCUAGAAGGAUUUUGGGUAUUUUAUCAUAUAUUGCAUCCGAAUCGUUAUAUCUUAGUAAAUAUGUAGCAGGAAAAACAUCAUUAUUUGUGGACAAAGAUAAAUCUUACAAGGAAUAUUCACAAUAUAUGAUACGUUAUAAUUCUUGGGAUAAAAAAGAUAAAAAGUUUGAAAUGUUGGAGAUGAUUUUACAACUUGUAAUUUUAAUAGGACAAGUAAGAAGAUCUCAUCAAUUUAGUGGCCUUAUAAGUGCGAUUGCAGAUCUCUUAUGUAACGUAGAGAAAACAAUAGGAUAUUGCGAGAAAGGAAUAGAUUUCAUUUUUGAAAUAUUCAAAGAGUUGGUAUUCUCAAGACCUCUAUCUCUUUGCUAUAUUCCAAUAACUAAAGUGAUGAUGACUUUUAUCAAACAUUCAACAUUUGCUAACAAGAUUUGCAAGGAUACACAUACUUCAGUAAAAAUCUGGAAAGGUGUUCCACACUUUACGCCAGAUGCUUGUCUCUUGCGAAUAUUUAUAAUACAAGUUGAAAAUUUUCAUUUUGAUCUUGUAACUACCAUUAAAAUGACGCAUUCAUUAUUAUUAUUUAUUAAAGUUGCAUUACACAUGAAUGUUCUUCUUAUAAAAAAUGGUAAUCCUAAAUCUUGUGACUGUUGUAUGAAACUUUUAAGAUUUGUCAUCAAAAUGUUAUGUCGAUGCUCAACAAUGUCUUUAAAUAACGUACAAUUUCAGUACAAGCAAUGUACAUUCAACGACGACUUUUUUGUUCUGAAUACAAGUAACGAUUUCAUGGAAAAAUUCAAUAAACAAUAUAUACAUAGUACUCAAUUAAAGAAAUAUGGUAUAAAAGAAUAUAUGAAGCAAAUGAAUCCAAAUGAUCUAUUGGACCAGAAUUAUUGGACUAAUAUAAAUAAGAAACAAUUAAAUACAAUGAGAGAAGGGAUAACAUUUUUACGAUAUUUGGCGACACGUGAUCCAGAUUUUAUUAUACGAAUUUCCGACAUAGAAGAUUCCUUUCAUUUAUUCAUGCACAAUAUUAACAAGUUCGACAAUUUAAUAUUACACGAGAACGACCAAGAAGCUUUAAAUUUCAUCAAAUCGACAUUUGUAUUUGACAAGGCAUUACUACAUGAAAGUCAGAAAAGUAAAAAUAAAAUAGAUCUGAAUCAUUUGGGUAUCACCAAAGAUUUUCGUAAAAAAUCAUCUGAUUUCUCUUUCCAAAAUAUACGAAAGGAUAACAGUCAAGAGGAUUAUAGGAAUAUAUUUGCAGCCUAUACAAAUUUGUUCAAUAGCUGAAAAAAUAAAAAUCAUUGAAAUCAUUGUAUGGAACGAGAAGAAAAUUGAAUAUUUUAAUGUAACAUAAUUCUAAUAUAUUAAUCAAAUUU